AUGGAGCUGUUUCGUGCAAAUGAUUCAUUCACACGAAAUUGUGGACUGCGGAUGAAAGCCAACGCGGAUGGCGUGCGUUUCGCGAUUGACGGUAUUAUUGGAAAUGCUAUUGCCACGCUGUCCAUCAUCUUCAACGUCCUCCUUUUCUACGUGUUCUCAACGUCAAAACGUCUACGCCGCCAGAAUUAUGCGAAUCCAGUGCUACUGGCCCUGUUCGACGUCAUCACCUCUUUGUGUUACAUGCUGCUACUUCCUGCUCAAGUGAUUUUCUUCCGAUACAGUAUUCGGCCGAUGAUCGCUCACUGGAUCGAAUAUGUACGAAUUGUGCACUGCAUUCAACACAUCUGUGUAACGAUAUGCAAUUUCCUACUGGUGGUGGCUAGUGUGGAACGAUUUUUCGCCAAUUCACCGAAAGGUAAACAAAAGAUGAUUCUGGUGGUACUGGUGAAGAGAAAGGCUGGAAAAAUUAUAGCCAUUAUCCUGUUGGCAAUCGGCUUGAAAGGAACCGUGCUGCUGGAGACGAGGAUCGAUUACCUCCCACACUGCGACGAACUGGAAAGGUACGUUCCUGUGUUGGCCAAUCAACUCGACGCUCUGGCCGCGAUACGUUUUUGGAGUCGGAAAAUCCUCACGGUGAUCAUGCCGUUCAUCAUUCUCAUCUAUUGCAAUUGCCGAAUCGUCAUGGAGAUGCGUCAUAAACAGAAAGAAUCCCAGAAAAAAUCGAUCAAAAAACGUUCAGCCAGGAGCAGCGUCAGGACAUCAUCGAUCAAGGAGCUGUAUCGAGAGAAACGGGGCGUACGAACAGCUACAAAGACGUUGGUGUUAGUCGUUGGCUGCUAUCUGCUAUCCAAUCUCGUCUCAAUUAUCAUCGGAUUCUGGGAAUAUCUGGCACCGAGCGGAGCACACAGUAACUACUAUGGCUUUCUUAUUGCGUCAGACAUUGCUUCUUUGCUCACCGUCUUCGGCUGCCUGAUGCGUUUGCCGAUCUACUGCGUAUCGGAUGCGAGAAUACAGAAAGCCGUUGGAAGAGCGUUGUUCCGAUGUAGAGUGAGGACGAUUCCCACGACUGUUCAUCAAAAUCAGUUGGACCAAUUGAGCCUAGUGGUGGUAUCUAAUAGUCUGAGAAGCAAUCUCACCGGAAUGAACAACAUGUUUGCGAGUCAGGAAUGGCUCGCUGAGCGCUCGAAACGCGCCAAGGACGAACUCGCGUUUCUGUUACAAAAUCGACGAAAACUACUGGUAGACAUGGCUCUUCAGCUGGCACUAGACAGAAGAAUGGUUCGUUAUCUUGAGAUAUAUCUUCUUAUUCUUAUAUAUUCUUACAUCUAA